AUGAACGGAACGACGACGUACGCGAGUGCACCCAUCACUUUAGCUGAGAUAAUAGGCUACGAGUCGGAGAUAAGAAUGAAUAAACCAGAGCACGGCCUGGACAAUGACCUUGAUGUAUCUCCGGUUACACUGUCCUCAGCCUGGUCCCGAGUGGCGAGACUACUUUUGCUAUCCUCGAUGGCCGUUGGUGGUAGCGUUGGAAAUAUCUUCAUGAUUUCUGCCGUGGUUGUUGAAGAUCAACUUAGAAAACGAGGGAAUGCAUUUCUGGUGAACGUCGCGUUGGCAGACCUAUUAGUGACAGGCUUGGUGAUUCCAGUGUCUGUGAUCGUGAUUUUGGCCGGACACGAAGGGUCAUUGAGCACAUGCCGAUUUGAAUGGACACUCGAAGCUCUGUGCUUUUUAGUCACGGUACUCACGUUAGUAAAGAUCGCCGCCGAAAAUUACACUCGUCUCUGUCUACCACCGGAAAGGUACGCCAUAUUAACGCCGAGCCGAGUGACAACGACGAUAAUCAGUAUUUGGGUGAUAUCCGUGAUGACGGUGGUCUUACAAUCAUCGUUAGACGUGGGCCCGGACUUCUGUCGCCGUCGGUUUAAUGGGAUAGCCUUGGAGCAAGCAAUAGGGGCUAGCCUUCUUGUAGGUCUGCCAAUCUUGACGACAACAAUCUUGUACGUGAAGCUCGUGAUUCGAGUUCGCCAGGCGAGAAGGAGCUCCUACAAACCGCCCAUCGCCUUCUCAUGGGACUACGAACUGACCAAGGCAAACAUAUACAGCUGCGCGAUGUUCCUCGUGUUCUGGGUCCCUUUUGGUGUUGCAGUCUGCCUUAAUUCUUUCUGGCCUAUUAGCGCUCGUGUUCUCUACAAUCUCGCCUGGUUCGCACUCUCAAAAUCUUGCUUCAAUAAUCUUCUCUAUUGCGUGGCCGACAGACACUUCCGCUCCGCCUAUGUCAAACUCUUCCACUACUGUUGUUGCAAGACUACUGUCAGCUUCUCCAGAAGAGCUCGUGGCGAUGGCGCCAGAAACGCCAGUGACUUUCGUCUCAGGGUCCACAUUAUUCAUUCUUACACCAGCCCGGCUUCUUGUAGGUCCACCAGAGAGCUGGGCAGGCCCAAUGGACGGGACAUCUAUGAGCUUUAAACUGACAGUACUAAC